UGACUGUUAUAGCUGUUGUUUGUCUAACCAGAUCUAAGAAUGCAGACCCUAGCUCUCUUACUGGUGUGUGUCACUGCUUCCAUUGCAUGGGAGCCAACACCUUAUGAACUGCAGAUCCUUGCUGACACACCAUAUGAGAGUCUUCCAGAGGGCCUCAAGAAUGCAAUCAGACGAUCCAAGAUCAACAAGAGGCAGGCUGACAUCAGCGUUGACCAGCCGAGUCGUAGCACAGACGGUGGAAACAGCAACUGGUGCUGCUCCAACGACCAGCCUGUUAACUCUGUCCAGAGGAGCAAGACUAUGAUGGAGAUGGUAAAGGUGCACGAGAAGGUCAAGAUUGGUUACACUGAUUGUGGAUUCCUCGGAGCUACCAGGUGUUCUCUGUACGACAUGAGAUAUACACAACAAUCCAAAUACUACGUGGACUACUAUGAGGUGCCCGACCAGGAUGCUUGCCCAGACAAACACGUUAAGUGCUGCAAGGGAUUCGUUCUCGUUGCACAGGAUAACUGUCUAAGUCUUGAGGAAGCCGGGGAAAACAUUGGCACACUGAAAGAGCUAAUCGAUGCUGGUCUUAUUGGGGGUGGAAACGGAUUCACCCUGUAGGAAAUAUCGCAGUUGUAAUGUAUCAUCAAAAAACAAAUAAAUACAUUUCUAAAUAAUGAA